AACUCUUGGUGUAGACAGCAGUUAGGUCGACGGCCCUCCGAGGAGGUAUCUCUCUCUGUUCCCCUCCCUGUGUCUUCAUUUUUUUUUCAUUCAGGUGGACGCACUGCCUGCAUCUCCACUGUCAAGAUGUCUCCAUCCACAUCCCCCCAGUUCUUCACAGAGAGGGAGGUGGUCGGCCACUGCACCAAGGAGUCCUGCUGGGUGCUGCUGGGGACCAGGGUUUACGACGUGACCGCUUUCUUGCGGAUGCAUCCUGGAGGGGAGGCUCUGAUACUUCGCAGGUCGGGUAAGGAUGUGAGCCAGGAGAUGGAGGGACCCCCGCACCGGCACUCAGAGAACGCUCGGCGGUGGAUGGAGCAGUACUACAUCGGGGAGCUGGACAGAGACAGCGGCAGCGAGGAGGCACAGACUCUGAGAGAGAGGAGGAAGACCAUUGAAGAGACAGCAGGGAAGAUGGCAGAAAAGAUGACAGAGGAGGACUCCCCGUACAACCGCCUCAGCUCUGUGGACCUGGACAAGGAUUUGGUAGACUGGAGGAAACCCCUGGCAUGGCAGGUAGGCCACCUCAGAGAGAAGUAUGACGAAUGGGUUCACCAGCCGGUCGACAGGCCCAUCAGACUGUUUGGAAACCCUUUCCUGGAGGCCAGCACCAAGACUUCCUGGUACUGGGUACCAGUGGUGUGGCUUCCUAUUGUGUUUUAUCUCAGUUGGUAUUGCUACACCUCGCUGGCAAAGGGCACUACCAGCCUACCUCUCACUUCAGACUUCUACAUCCCGAUCCAUAAGUACACUUUCCCACUGCUCUUUUUGACGGGCUGGUUCUUGUGGUCAUUCAUCGAGUACUGCAUCCAUCGCUUUGUCUUUCAUAUGAAACCGCCAGCUCAUAACUACUACCUCAUCACGCUACACUUUCUGCUGCACGGACAGCACCACAAGUCUCCGUUUGAUGGUUCCCGGCUGGUCUUUCCACCCGGGCUGGCUUCCCUGGUGAUAGGAAGUUUCUACAUGAUCCUCAACCGCUUUCUUCCAGAGAUCAUCGGAGUAUCCGUGUUUGUCGGAGGACUGUGUGGCUAUGUUGUAUACGACAUGAUCCAUUACUAUCUUCACUACGGUUCUCCAAAGAGAGGCUCGUACAUGUACAGUUUGAAGGCCUACCACGUCAAACACCACUUUGAGCACCAGAGAGCAGGUUUUGGAAUCACCUCCACUUUCUGGGAUCACCCCUUCAACACAGUCAUCCCUGAUGAGAAAUUCUAACACAGAACCGGCUCUUCUGCAGGGCCACAGGACUUAGCAAGCAGCCCCCAUGCUUAAAACCACCCUAACCACCUACUGUUAAGUGUCAUGCAGCCAUAGCUUUCACAUCCAUAGAGGAAGAUGCACUUCUGAAGUCUCCUGGACCUCAUGCCCAUCCUGCUUUCUGAUUCCAGCCGGUGCCACAUGCUUUUCUUGUGCUCGAUCAUCUUGGUGUGGAUCAAGCCACACGGUUUCCUCACUGUUUUUAAGGCAUUUUUUUUAUUAAUAACCAAAAUACAUCUAUCAGUACUGACCUGACCUGUCGAGUCAUCACCCAAUCGCCAGUCAGAACAUCAUAAUGUGCAGCUGGGAGGAGAGAAAGAGAGGGACACACCCAUGCAUGCACAUGACACAAUAACAAAAUAAUAAGGUUUCAUUUGAAGGAUUAUAUGGAGUCCUCCAUAUAUAUUGAAUACUGUAGAGUUGAUUCAGAAUUACUCACUGAAGAAACUCAACAAAUAGUCAGACUAUUCCUGCAACUUAAACAUUGUCUGCUAGAAUAAGACAUGAUUACACACACACACUGUUAGCUUCCCUCAGAGUGUGAGAGAGGAUACAGGAAGUGACAGAUGGUAGGUGAAUGUUGAAGAUGGUGAAGGAGGGGGAAGAAAGAGUGAUAGUACUGUGUGAUAGAGAGAGAGAGAGAGACAGAGAUCUCCCAGACUGUAUCAUCUCACCAAGUAAACAAACUCAGGAAAAAAAAUCUUAUCCUUCCUCCUCACUAUCUGCUGUUCUAAUAUUUUACAUCACAGCUUUCAGGUUUUCACUGUUAUCCACUGAUCUACUCAGCUACACUGCUACAUGCUGUUGUGCUGCAGGUUGAUAACAGUUGACAGAAGUUCCCUCCUCCAUGUUUGGCCUCAGUUCAGUUUUUGGAACAGUUGUGAACAGAAAACAUGCACCGUUUGGUUCCAGAUAUUUGAACAUGCUGAGAUUAUUUUGGCAGUUUAGAUUUAACUCAUUAAUUAUCAGCCAAGCUGGAGAAGUGAGAUUAUACUGUAGAGAGCUAAUGCAAUGCGCUGUUAAUGUUAUGUAAAGCAGAGCUCUGAAUGUUUGAAACCACUGUGGAGAUAUAUUUUUACAAGUCUGUUGUAAUAAUUCCUCCGUUUUCUUUCUUUUUGUCAUUAAUGAUAUAACAAAGAUGUUAAAAAAAACUAUUUUGUAAGAUGCUUUGUACAGAAGAGGAGAAUCUUUAAUUGCAGCAGCUUUACGUUGUCAGCAGAUGUUUUCUUAUUGGUUAGAUGACAGUGAACGCAUGGGUGGAUGGAUGUGCUGCAGAUGGAUUUAAAUACAAAAAGAAAGAUGGAUGGUAGAGUGUUGUCGCAGUGCCAGGGGGACAUAGCUGAAGGCAUGAAGUCAGCCUGUCAGACUUCCUGCUGUGGGGAUCUUGGGGUCAAAGGUCACAGAGUCAGUCAGCUGACAAAAGUUGUUUGUUUUCAUUGACCGUUUUAUCUAGAAAUGUUUCAUUUUAAGAUAAACUAAGCUCUCAGUACAGACUCGACAGAAUUCGGGUCUUGGGAACGUGAAAGCUAAAAACAUUUCAUGGUGAUUUUUAACUGGUUAGUUGUGAGAACUAUAUUUGGGUGUCACGAAAUGACCCUGCAGAUCCCCGCAGGAUGAAGGUGAACCAUCUGACUGGACAGCAGGAGGUCUUCAUAGUGUCUGACGGAUCCUCAAGAUGCCUCCUCUAAACACUCGACAACACCACUGACAACCAAAGCAGAACAAACUUAAUCAAUAUAGACACAUAUGUAGACUAUAUUACUAUCAGAAAAAUCUUUUUUUCUAGUUUGAAUAAAGUCUCCCACUCACAUAAUAUAUAUGUACAUACAUUCUUAUAUAUGUAAAAUAACAUGCAGAAUCUGUUUUCAGAGGCUUUUUUGAAUGAGAGAAAGAAUCAGUUAUACAAUAAACUGCUUGCAUUUGCAUUCAUUGAACGUGUUCACUGCAGCAAUAAUAAUGAAGUCUUCAUGUAAACCUUUAAUUUGAAAGGGCUCUGACACCAAAACACUGUUUCUAAGAAGAAUCAUGACUUUGAUAUGAUGACUGUGUAACUCAAAGAGUACAGAAAGAACCAAAAAUUAUAUUUUUUGACAUUUUUAACAAUGAGGGAGAGAGUGAUGGACAUGAUGAUGAUGAUGAUGAUGAUGAUGAUGAUGAUGAUGAGUGUAAUAAUACAUACUGAUUGUGAUGGCUGCAAGGAAAAGUGAAAUGACUCCACCUGUCGGAAUGAAUUACACACAGAUCUUAUUUAUGUAUAUUUAUAUGAUAAAGAUGAAAACAGCUUGUAAGCUUUGAUUCUGACAAGUGAACUUUUACCUGUGCUAAAUUAUGCAGCAUAAAAUAUCUCAUAAAUCUGUUUACUAUAAUAUCUUAUCACUAUUAUUUUGCAACUUUAAAUAUCUAUGCAAAUGCAAACGUAUUUGUAAAUAAAUACCUGUAUAUUUCUGA